AUGACCGCGCCACUAAUCCGUGUGAGCCGGAAGCGAACCGCAGAUCCCCACGAUGCUCUGAUUCUGCACACCAAACGUGCAAAACACGGCGGCAAUCCGCUGGUUUUCACGCUUUACAAGGCCGCCGGCAACGAUCUGGAGCUCAAUGGAGCCCGUGUGCUGGAUCUUCCAACUCAGGAACAUGGGAUGGAGUUGGCUGACGAGGAAAAUCCACUAGGAUUUGUGAAGGAUGAAGCCGUCGGGCUCGUUGGAGAGGUCGAGAAGAACGUUAAAAAGCCGGCGGAGCAAGUUUCGCUCAACGGCCGCCUACUACAGCCCGUCACCGACGGCGGCGGCGCCGCCGCCGGCAGCAGUGACGACGUCGUAUACGACUACUACGCGAUACACGAGAAACGGGGCAACCCAGAAGUAGUGGGAAACCUGGAGCAGGACAUCGAGGGAGCCGAUUUUCGGUUCGCCAAGCGUGAUGAGCUGGAUUUGGGCGACGAAGAUGACUCCGAUGGGCCGCCGGCUGAUGAUGAAGACGAUUCGAAUGAUGAGGAUAACUGGCGGAAUGACUAUCCCGAUGAGGAAUCCUAUGAUGAGGACAGCGACAAUGGGGAUCCGUACGGAAUAUCGGAGCCCGACCAUUGGCACGCCGGCGAGGAGGCAUACUCCGACGAAAGCUUCCACAGACGGCUUCAAAACAUGGACCUGAACGACGAACGCUACGAAGCAUUUUAUGAGGGUGACGAGACUGACGAAGACGCCGAUUAAUACUGUUUUUCGCCUUUUUUUUGUUUUUUCAGUGUUCAAGCUUACUUAUCAGUAACUCACACACACACAUAUUUUCAAUUUUUCAUUCAUUUUCAUUCAUUCAUUCACAACUCUGAAAUUCGUAUCAUGAAGACCUUAUUUGUGCUAUUUCUCGCCUUUUUUCUGCUUGUUGAAGCUUCUUCGGAAAGCGGAAAACGCGACGUUUUUCACAAUAUUGAGAACUUUUUCAAGUUCCUUUGCGUCGUUUUUCAAGUUUCUCAGGCGUCGGUACAACAAAACGACCGAAAUCACGAGAAAUCGAAUCUUCCAGGCUGAUUCAUAGCAUUGCAAAGCUGAAUUACUUGGCUUUCAGCUCAUCGGGCAACUGCACUGAGCUUAAAUAAUUUUUUUUGUUGUAAUUUUUAAAAAUUUUUCAUUCAAUAAAAGGUUUUUACUCAA